AUGGAGUGCUCAGAGUCCGAAGAUAAUGCACCACUUGUGCAUCCGCUUGGAGAUAAUCUAUAUCGAGUUACGGUAUCUCGUCAGAAUCGCAUCAACUUCUUUUCAGAGGCGGUGCGACGUCUUAAUGACAACAGCGAUGAAGCAGAGCUGAUCUUGCGGAAUCUUCAAACAUGGUCGCCCGAGUUAGCCUCUUUCGUCGGUCUCCGAACGCCCGAGCUAAUCUACAAAGUCCCAUUCCGACUAAUAUGCGAAAGUGACACUGGUGGCGUGCCUUUCGACGAAGAGUCUGUCCUCAGGCAGUAUUUAGCAGUCAGCUACUGCUGGAGAUCUGAGGGUGGCGAUGACACCUGGCUUGGCCCGAAGAUGCCUGUUCAUGAACCAUGGCCUAUUAGCCGACCAUUCGUUGAUGCGAUAUUAGGGCAGCGAGGGGUGGUUACCCCAGACCCCAACCUUCAAAACGUGAAUUUCCGCCGCGAAGGGAUCUGGAUUGAUCAGAUGUGCAUUCCACAGGAUAAUCCCGAAGAGAAAGCGCGAAGUAUCGCCAUGAUGGACAUCAUCUAUAAAUGCUGUCGAAAACUCUUGAUUGUCCUUGAAGAUGUUGUCUUAUAUCCCGACGAGAUCCAAAUUUUUGAGAGAUACGAGCCCUACUUGCAACGUACAAGCCACGACCAAGAAGCUUGGAAGCCCCUGCCAGAUGAGAAACUACGCAUUUCAAGAAUUGUGGAUAAGAUUGAAACUUCACGGUGGUGGACACGAUCCUGGUGCUGGCAUGAGUUUGAGAUAAAUGAGCCUUGGAGCGAUUUCCGAGCGCAUCCUUAUAUCCAUGGUGCAGUCAUGAUAGUAGCAAACUGUGAAGGAGGUACUUUCACCUUCAAACUCGCUGCCUUUUUUAACAUCAGGGCAAGUAGUGAUUUAUACACUGAUGGUGAUACUCUUGAUCGAUCUCGAAGGGUAUAUCGUUGGCUCUUAAUGGCCAACACUCUAUCCCCAUAUCUUGAUCCAGCUCGCCGCGAGGAAGGCGUUGAAAGGUCUUCAAUCAUGGCUCGGUUCAAUGCCGCAUCGAUUUGCCAAUGCCGUCGCCUUGAAGAUUUGAUAUCCAUUACCAUGAAUGUUAGUGGCUUGGCGUUGUUCUUUUCGGCGCGUUUGGCUCUUAAAUCAAAGAUAGAAGAUGUUGGAGUUGCUGAUCCCAGUGACGCCCUUUUCUUCGUAUCUGCUCUUUGUUUAGCUGCAGGAGAGAAGACUCCGCUCACCUCAAUGAGUGGGGAGAUGUUACAGCUAAGCGAGAAAAAUGGCACAUUCUCAUGGUUAUCGAACGAAGUCGCACAACCGGACCCAGUUGCAAGGAGAUUUACUAUUGGGGGUAUUAAGUACAUCCACGGACUCUCUCCAUAUCACAUCAAACUCGACCUAGUCUUUUUUGACACACCCAUUGUCAAUACAAGCGAAGAAGAGCUACAGUUGACUUGCGAGUUUCUCCCUGAAUACCCUAUCGUAUCCGCACGAGUCGAAUACAAGCCACAGUAUAAAGAUAAAUACCAGAAUCCAUGGGGGCCGUCAGCUGAGAGAGACGAGAAACUAGAUACGUCACGGCGCAAUUUAUUGGUCAACUCAUGCAGUUGUGGCUUAGAAUACAUUUGCCAUUUAUGGGAGGCAGUAGAGAAGCAAUUCCUACAAACGUCGUUUGACGAUAACCUGGCAGAGCCCUUUACACCGGAUGCUUCACACCGGGACACAGCCAAGAAACUUCUGGAGCACAUUUCUCCAGCAGAGUCAACGAAUAUACGUUACCUGGACAUCCUUAUAAAACUCAUUAGCUUCAUCAAGGAUCCCCGCUCAGCGCGUGUGAUGUCGCCCUGGAUGGCGCGAAUUAGGUGUAAUAACGAUGUCGGCGCCGCAAUAAUCCACAGCCCGACCAUCCGCCAGGGAUACCCAUUUAUAUCAACGCGGGCGCGUCUUGCUAUACCUCGAGAUCUCCUCGACAUGCCUUGGACUGCCAAUCGAGUGUGGAUUUUAGAGCCCUGGGGGAUCCCCCAGGGCGAAGGUCCCAAGAACCACGCAGGCUUGAGCGAGAGCCCGGGCGAAGUAUGGAAGAUAGUGGGAAAAGCCCAAUGUCUAGGUGACGUGCUUGCUCCAGUCUCAAGGAACAGCGAAAAUAAUGUCCCGGAGUCAAUGUCGCUUAGAACUGCGACUUGUGUAGGGGAAAUAUAG